GUACAUACCAUUCCUAUCAGAUACAAGAAGUCUAUUUAAUUCAUCCGAAGGGGAAAUCAUCAAAUACAACAAAAUCCUCCCUCAUACAACAUCCUUUCUUAGCCAAAAAAAAAAAAAAAUCAGCACACCUUUUUGCCUCUCUAAUAACAUGUGUUACCCGGACCUGUGUGAGAUUUGCCAUGAGAGAUCUGCAGUCAAGAAGCAAAGGAGAAAAUAAUUUGUUAGGAUUGUCAACCUUAUUUAGUAUCUCCACAAUAGCCUUGAAAACUUUUCGAACGCAUGGAACUAUUUUAUUGAAAAUAAAUUAAAAAAAAAAAUGUGUACUUGCUUAUUAGAAUUUAAAAAUCAGUAUUUUUUUUUUUUGGUUGAUAGAAUUAAAAAUCAGUAAUUAGCUUCGUGCUUUGUUGAGUAAAGGAACCUUUGUCAAAAUCACCAAUCGGCAGAGGAUACGAUAUGAUUAUUUAUCUAUUAAGUUAGUAUAUUUAAAUAUAUAUAUAUAUAUAUAUAUAUAUAUUAAUGGUGGGUGUCAUUCUGGGUUCUCGUAACUAGGGAAGGCUGACAUAGAAUCUUGCUGUCUGGGGGUGGUCUAACGGUUAGUUCUACCUUCCUCAUCACCAUUUUGUUUUUGUUUUUGUUUGAACUUUGAAUGUACUACUUCCCCCAUUAAAGCAUUCAUAUAUUUUGUUGUUUAUUCAAAUGAAGUGAAUUUCUUGCCAGUGUUUGUAAAUUCUUGAUUAUAUGGUAUUCUUUCUUUGGCUGUUCAAGCCAAUGAAUUUAUCUUUUUGCAAAGUACCCAGUACUGUUUGAUUCCUUUUACUCAACGUGGAAGACCCAAUUCCAGUCAUGGCCUUAGACACCAUUUCCUGUCCGUGGAAAAGCAUGGGGGAGAUGCCCCUCUUUGUGUUGUUCAAAGGCACAAGGAAUGUAUUCAGAAACGAUGAGCUUGGUCAGGAAAUAAUGCAGAUUGCACUUCCCACAGCGCUGGCUUUAACAGCGGACCCCAUUGCUUCUCUAAUAGACACAGCAUUCAUUGGCCAUAUUGGUCCUGUGGAGCUUGCUGCUGUAGGAGUUUCUAUUGCUGUUUUCAACCAAGUAUCAAAGAUAGCAAUAUUCCCACUUGUCAGCGUUACAACCUCUUUCGUUGCCGAGGAAGAUGCUACUAAAAGUUUGAGUAUUGAAUCAGAUGACAGUGGAGUACUGGAGGUGGGUUAUGCUGUCAAUCAGGAGAUGGAACUGGGAGAUCUGAUACCACAAGUUGAGUCUACGUGCAAGUCAUCACUCAUUCCCAGUAGUUACAGGAAAACAAACGUCAGAAGGCAAAUUCCAUCAGCUUCAGCAGCAUUGGUUAUUGGUAGCGUGCUUGGGAUCAUACAAGCUUUGUUCCUCAUUUUUGCUGCUAAACCAAUAUUGAACUAUAUGGGUGUAGAGUCUAAUUCUCCUAUGCUAAAACCAGCCCAACAAUACCUGACAUUGAGGUCUCUUGGUGCUCCAGCAGUUCUUCUCUCUCUGGCCAUGCAAGGGGUUUUUAGAGGAUUUAAAGACACAAAAACUCCUUUAUUUGCUAUCGUGGUAGGAGAUGUAGCAAACAUUAUUCUAGACCCAAUAUUUAUAUUCAUACUCCGUAUGGGUGUCAGUGGGGCAGCCAUUGCCCAUGUUAUUUCUCAGUACCUAAUCUCCCUGAUGCUUUUGUGGAGAUUAAUUAAAGAAGUUGAUCUCUUACCUCCAAGUAUCAAUGAUCUACAAAUUGGUCGGUUUCUUAAAAAUGGAUCUCUGUUACUGGUGAGGGUUAUAGCUGUGACAUUUUGUGUAACCCUAGCAGCAUCAUUGGCUGCGAGACAGGGAUCAACAUCAAUGGCUGCAUUUCAGGUUUGCCUACAAAUUUGGCUGGCAACCUCUUUGCUUGCUGAUGGCUUGGCUGUUGCAGGACAAGCAAUCCUUGCAAGUGCAUUUGCAAAGAAGGAUUACACCAAGGCCACUGCCACUGCUUCUCGUGUAUUGCAGGUGGGCUUGGUUCUGGGGUUAGUGCUCUCGGCUGUCCUCGUAGUUGUAUUACAAUUUGCACCCAGAUUAUUUACAGCGGAUGUCAAUGUAUUGCAACUUAUAGGUGUAGGCAUUCCGUUUGUUGCAGUGACUCAACCUAUUAAUGCUUUAGCCUUUAUUUUUGAUGGAAUCAACUAUGGAGCUUCAGAUUUUGCAUAUUCUGCUUACUCAAUGGUUUUGGUUUCAUUAAUGAGCAUAGUGUGCUUAUUUAUACUAUCUUCAAGUCACGGCUUUAUUGGUCUCUGGAUUGCAUUGUCUAUCUAUAUGAGUCUGCGCACGUUCACUGGUUUUUGGAGGAUAGGGACUGGUAUGGGACCUUGGAGAUUUCUUAGGGACUAAUCACUGCCUUUGUAUUCAAUGUAUUUCCUUUUCCAGAUAUUGUUGUCUUUGUCUUUCUAGAUAAGUCAAAAAGGAAAAGUUGAAAUCUUGUUGGGAGAUGACGCAUAUGUAUAGCUGCAUUUCUAUUUUCCUUUGAAUCUUGAGGAAAAAUGUUGGUACAUCUAUAAAUAUAGUAAUAAUAAGUUAGCAUCGUUCUUUUCAUGAA